UGAACAUCAUCUUUUCUCUGCUUGUGUUUUAUAUGUGGAUGUUCAGCCUGGAUACCUUCAUUAGGUUGGUAAAGUUGUUCACAGUGAGAUUUGCUGAUAACUUACUGGUAUUGUACAGUGUGAUCAGGGCACCCAUUCAUGGAAGGCCAGAUACCCAGAUACCUACUUGUGUUUACUCUAUUGGCACUAUCAGGAUUUAUAGUGCUCAUUGGAAAAAUCACAUCUUUGGAGGAUUUGAAUGAUCAACUAACAUCCAACUUCUACAAAAUACAGAGCAGCAUUCACUCAGCCUUUAAGCAUCCCAAAAUCCUAUUGCCAGCGAAAGUAAACCACCCCUACUGUGCACAGUUCGGCCAGGAACCCACAGCGGAAGAGGCCAAAGAAGAAAGAGAUCUGCUCAAUUCCAUUGCAUGGCCAGGUCCAGCGGUACAAGGCCUGCCUUUGGAGGUUAGCAGCGACCCUGCCAAGAGCUACUUUAUGAUUCAUGGCCCACCAAGGCAACACAUAGGUGGCCAGCUUGUGGUCAGUGUCCAUAUGCAGAACUUUCUGGGCCUGCCUAAGAAGCAUGGUGGAGAUUUUCUGAUAGCUCGACUCCAUUCACCAGAGCUGGGUGCUGGAGUUGCAGGGAAGGUGCAUGACCACCAAGAUGGUAACUAUAUAGUUAUUUUCCCACUGCUGUGGGUUGGUGUAGUGUGGGUACAAAUCACCAUGGUGCACUCAAGUGAAGCAGUGGUUGUGCUUAAGCGGCUGCAAGAAGAGAAACCUGAUAGGGGGGUUUUUAAGAGUAUGUUCCGCGCUGGUGCUGCCUCAGAGACCACUGUGUGCAACUUGUGCUUACCGCUCAACCAGGAUCCACUUUGCAACUACACUGACAUUUUAACUGGAGAACCCUGGUACUGCUAUAAGCCAAAAACACUAGGCUGUGAUGCACGAGUUACACAUUUUAAAGCUGACAUGAAGGGAAACCUUAUAACAAAUUAUGAUGCACAGUUCUUUCAGAGUGGUAUAAAUCUUAAAGUUCCUAUACAUUCAUCAGGGAUGGGCAAUGUAACAGUAAUACCUGCAGAAGAAGGACAAAUCCAGGUAAAAAAUAAUCAAACUGCUUCUGGAUAUUACUAUAAAAAUACUUGGAGACCUUUAAAAGGCCAGGAUAUGCACCAGUUUAAUAACGCAACAGCCAUAACAAAGUGUCUUAGAGGGAAGGUUGUAUACAUGUUUGGAGACUCAACUAUACGGCAGUGGUUUGAAUACCUCACUGCAGUUGUUCCAAACCUGAAACAGGGGAAUCUUUACAUUCCUAAAAGUGCAGGACCAUAUGUGGCUGUGGACAGCAAGAACAACAUUAUGAUCAGUUUCCGUUGCCAUGGACCACCCAUCUUUUUUACUACAUUGUUCACUUCUGAGCUGCGCUAUGUAGCAAAUGAGCUUGAUCGGAUUGAGGGUGGACCAAACACUGUAAUUCUUGUAAGUAUUGGGGCCCACUUUAACAUGUACCCUAUUGAUAUAUAUAUACGGCGCCUCCGGCACAUCCGCAGGGCCUUGUUGCAGUUGCUGAAACGUGAGCCUACUACUUUAGUGGUGAUCCGUUCUGCCAACAUGAGGAAACUGAACUUACAGAUAAGCCUGUCAAACAGUGACUGGUUCUCUCAGCAGCAGGAUACUGUACUUCGUGCUAUGUUCCAUGGACUUAACAUACACAUACUAGAUGCCUGGGAGAUGACGCUGGCUCACAAUCUACCUCAUGACUUACAUCCACCCCGCCCCAUUGUCAGAAAUAUGAUUGAUCUGAUCCUCUCCCAAAUCUGCCACUUUGAAAAAACAUAGAACUGUUUAAAAAGUUGUUUAACAUAUGUUUCAUUGUAUAUCAGUUUCACAGCAACAUAUACACAUUUUAUAUAUUCAAGGGGAUCAAGAAAUGUUAACCUUAUAUAGUUUAUUGCCAUGUUCGAAAAUAUGGGGCACAUGUUUUUACUUGAUUAGGCUUUAACUUUUUUAUGCAGCAUUCACUUUUAUUUGUUUAAUAAAUAAACAGCAAUCCUAACAAGAAA